AUGACUCCUACUACGUCGUAUCCCGAGCUGAACAUGACGAGCUCGAAUGUAGUGAGAACCUUCACGGCGUCGUCUCGCAUGUCUCAUAUCUCGUUCGGCUCAUCCAACUCGGACUUGACUCCAUCCAAUCGAUCUAUUCUGUCAGAGUCAUCUGAUUCCACGCCGCUUCCGGAGGACUAUGUUAUUAAAGUCAAGCAGAUGUAUGCUCAUAUUCUCGUCUAUACAGGCGAUGCACCCAAAUCCACAAUCCCAGGGCUCAUGGCGUCCACCACCAAGAAUUUCGACCACCGGGCUCAGAAUGUGCUGAAAUCGCAUCUUUACAAGAUUUCGCCAGACAAGUUCAAAACGACGUAUCGUAACGUUGUUCGUGCUGAGAACUUCGAUAUUAUCCUGCUGCGAUAUCUCAAGAAACGCAAGUUCAAUGUGUUAAAAGCACUAGCUUUAUUUGCGGAUUUCAUGGUGUGGAGAGUCAAGUUCGCAAUAGACGAACUCAACGAACGGGGUGAUGAAGGUGCCUUAGCUAGUGGUGAUGAAGGUUUUAUUCUUCAAUAUAAACUGGGAAAAGCCGUUUUUAAUCAAGGUAGAGAUAAAGCCGGAAGACCACUUGUAAUUGUGCGAGUACAACGACACAACCCUAAAGCUCAGUCAGAUGCUGCUAUGAACAGAUUCAUUGCCAAAGUGUUUGAAGAUGCGAAACUGCUUCUUCUUGGAUAUAACGAGUCGGGAGCAGCUAUUUUCGACUUGACCGACUUUACUAUCUCUAAUAUGGACUACUCGGCAGUGAAAAUGAUCAAUUCAUGCUAUAAAUUCUAUGUGGGUUUAUUAGGCCAUGUUUACAUUUACAAUGCUCCAUCAAUUUUCCUAACCAUCUGGAAAGCUAUUAAAGUAUGGCUGGACCCCAGUCUGGUUGCUCGUGUCACAUUUACCAAGAACCUGUCGAAACACAUCACUGCUGACAAUCUUCCUCCAGACAUGGAAGGCACUCAGCCACAUAUCUACGAGUACAAACAGGUUGUUCCUGGCGAGAACCGCAAAAUGAAAGAUCUCGAGACCAUUGAUCGAUUACAAACCACCCGAGGUGAACUGUUCGACCUAUUAUCCGACCUGACUGUACUAUGGAUCAAAGCUCCUGAAAACACUCAACUCACCCACAACCUCGCCAAACAGCGGGCUUUGGUUCUUGACGACCUGCGUCGCAACUACUACCAACUGGAUCCCUACAUUCGUGGUCGAACUGUCUACGACCGAGACGGAACUUUUGGCGCCAUUGUCCCCGAACUUACUGAAGGCUAUGCCGAGUCUGAAGCAGCCGGCAUCGUCCUCUCCCAAAGCGCCUCGUCCAUCGUCACUGCCGUCAAUAAUCCACCUCCCGACUCUUCCCCACGAGCCUCUCACUCUCCCAAACACAUGCACACCAAAGUAUCCCUGGUCCCUCUCAUCGUCUAA